AUGAAGACUUUCCUCAUUCUUGCCCUCUUCGCUGGAGCCGCUGCCGCCGAGUUCAUCGACAUCGGCUACAAAGCGUGCAGUGAGUUUUUUUUUUCAAUUAAUUUUGUUUGACAGUUGUUUCCAGAGUCCGAAGGAACCGUGUCAGCCGUCAAGGCGGAAGGAUGCGAGUUGGUCGUCCGAGAAGGCAAGAAGGUGUGCGUGUUCAAGAAGGAAACCAAACCGGUCAUCCAAAUCCAUUUCAAACCGAGCAAGAACUCUGACAGUUUGAAGACGUCCAUCCGUGCGAAGGUGGGAACAGGCGGUGCGCUUGUUGACUUCCCCCAAAAGAACACGGACGCCUGCAAAUUCGGUGAGAAUGACAUUGCUCAAUUCAGGCACAAAACUACAUAAUUUCAGGUGUCAAAUGUCCACUAGUCGCCGGAGAGAAUCAGAUCUUCGAACAGGCAAUUGUCAUCGCGUCGUCCCACCCGGAAAAAGAGAUCAUCCAAGUGAACUGGCAAUUGACGCGCCCCAACGAUGACAAGGAGGCCUGCAUCAUCUUCUUGGCCGAAAUCGUCGCUUGA